AGAAGAAGGUGACUCAUCAUUGAUGUUCCUUCCAUUUAGUCCAUUCUUCUUCCUAAAACUUUUUGUUAGCAAUCUCUCUCACCCUUCUGCAUUCAACAACCAAGCCAUCCUUAUGACUCCUUGUUGUAUGAUUGGAAGUUUAUAACAAACUUCAGUUAGAAAGAAACUGAGUGUUGAGGGAAGAAAAAGAACUCCUCAAAUGGAAACCCCAUUAGUGAUCCAAAAGCAUACUUCAGAACCCGACUAUUUGCCGGUGAAAAGCUUGAAGGAUGUUAUGUUUGUUUUGCGAACGGAGACAGUGAAGAUAUGGAGAGUAGCACUCCCAAUGGCUCUGCUUGCACUGUUUCAGCUUCUCAUGGACUCCUCAACUUCCAUCUAUGCUGGUCAUAUUGGAGACAUUGAACUCUCUUCUAUCGGUGUUUACCAAGGUGUCAUCGGUGCCAUCUAUUUUUACUUGCUGUUUGGUAUGUCAUCUGCACUGGCAACACUUUGUGGCCAAGCUUUUGGAGCAGGAAAAAUUCAAUCUACUUGUAUUUAUGUUCAAAGAUCAUGGAUUAUACUUACUGCCACUUGUAUAAUCCUCUUGCCUAUUUAUGUAUAUGCCACUCCAAUCUUAAAGUUGCUUGGCCAAGAUGAAGGAAUAGCUGAAGUUGCUGGAAGAUAUUCUGUACAAGUAAUUCCCUACAUGUUUUCUUUUGCUGUAGCUUUUCCCAUCCAGAGAUUUCUUCAGGCCCAGAGCAAGGUUAAAGUAAUUAUGUGCAUAGCAUUUGUGGAUUUGCUUAUACAAAAUGGGUUGCUUUACAUAUUCAUAAAUGUAUUUGGUUGGGGUAUAACCGGCUUGGCAAUAGUGACUAAUAUCGUAGGGUGGUUGUAUGCUGUGGCUUUGGUUGUGUAUACCAUUGGUUGGUGCAAAGAAGAAUGGAGUGGAUUUUGUUGGAUGGCAUUUAGGGAUUUGUGGGCCUUUGCUAAGUUAAGCCUUGCAUCAUCUGUAAUGAAUUGCUUAGAGCAAUGGUAUAUUACAUGCAUUAUGCUACUUGCUGGUCUACUAGACAAUCCUGUGAUUGCUGUUGGCUCCUAUUCUAUUUGCUUCAAUGUUCAGGGUUGGGACGACAUGCUACUCCUUGGAAUAAAUACAGCCAUAAGUGUUCGUGUCUCCAAUACGCUUGGCAUGUCGCAUCCAAGAGCAACCAUAUACUCUUUCUGUGUGACAAUGUUCCAGUCUCUCCUCCUUGGUAUUCUUUUCAUGACCGUAAUUUUCUUUAGUAAAGAUGAGUUUGACAAAAUCUUUACCGACAGUGAGGAUAUGAUACUAGCUGCUGCUGAUUUAGCAUACCUUCUUGGUGUAACAAUUGUUCUCAAUAGUGCUUCACAGGUGAUGUCAGGUGUGGCCAUUGGAAGUGGAUGGCAAGUUAUGGUUGGUUAUAUAAACCUAGCAUGUUAUUACAUUGUUGGACUCCCUAUUGGAAUUUUCCUUGGUUUCAAGCUGCAUUUAGGGGUCAAGGGUCUCUGGGGAGGCACAAUGUGCGGCAGUAUUCUUCAGACUUUAGUCCUCUUUACAAUUAUUUGGAAGACCAACUGGUCCAAGGAGGUGGAACAAACAGCUCAUCGCAUGCGAUUAUAUGUGGAGCAAUAACGGGACUAGUCCUGUGUGAAAUACAAAUUUGGGUUCUUUUUUAUAUUUAAGUAAUAUAUACUGUCUCAAGCUCAUAAGUGUUCUUCGCAUACCAUUAAUUUUCUCUCUCUAUAUAUGAAUGUCAGACACAAGAGAACGUUAUUUUACUCAAUAAGCCAAAUGUAGAGGUAAAACUAAGUAGAAGUAAAAACGCAGACAUUGUACGUUAUUGAAUGUGAUCCAUGAUAACGACUACGUUAUUGGAUGUC